CAAUUACACUACACGAAACCUGCAAAGAAACCAUCGAACAUGUCAAAGCAAAAUGCGAUAGUGAUGGUGCUUAUAAUAAGUGCUAUGGUUCCACAAAUUCAAAGCGUGAAUUUGAAAGCAGGGAAUUGGGGUACAAGUUUGGAAACAAAGAACAACGAAACAGUGACAAACCUUCAGUUCUAUUUCCACGACACGCUAAGCGGGAAAAACCCAAGCGCCAUUAAGGUUGCCGAACCUAUAGAUAAGAGCAAGUCAUUCAGUACACUGUUCUGUAACAUUAUGAUGGCGGAUGACCCGUUAACCGAAACAUCUGACCCGAACUCCAAGUUAGUGGGCCGGGCCCAAGGUUUGUAUGGUUCGUCCUGUCAAGAAGAGUUUGGGCUGCUUAUGGCUCUAAGCUACUCAUUUGUAGACGGCCCAUACAACGGUAGCUCGUUUACGGUUGUUGGAAAAAACUCUAUUAUGAACCCCGUUCGUGAGAUGGCCGUUGUUGGUGGCACGGGACUUUUCCGCAUGGCACGUGGUUACGCCAUCGCUCAGACUCAUUGGUUUGAUAACAGUGGCGAUGCUAUUGUUGGCUACAACGUCACUCUCGUUCAUUAACUUUACUUUUUAACAGUACUUUAAUUAACCGCUUUUUCUGGGGCUUAGUCCCUUUUGUUAACGAAAUAAAUAAAAUAAGAAACUUUACGGCAGAUAAGAUACAAAUACAACAUCUGAUAAUUAAAAAUAUUUUAUUUUAUCUCUAAGUUUAAGUUUUGUUUUGUUUUAAAUAAUGUUACUUUAAAAAAAAAUAUAUUAACUGCUUUUCUUUCACUUUCCUAUUACUAUCAUUAUGUUGGUUGUGAACUAUUUUCACUUUCCUAUUAAUAUGUGGUUGUGAACGUAUCUUAUAAGGUUUGUCGGAUCCAUCAAUGUAUGUUUUAUUUUUUUUCCCUUUGUUCUUCUCCAAACGAAUAGAGCUUUUGUGGUUUUUGGGC